AUGAACCUCAACACGUUCAGCAUCACCGCGGCGGUGAUGGCUACCCUGAUGGGCUCCUCCCUGGACCCCUGCCUCCACUCCAUGACCGUCCUCAUGGGCGCCAGCCUCUUGGUUACCCUCUUCUCGGUCGUCUACCUUGCCGCGUUCGGACCUGGUCUCCGCCCCGCCUACCGGAGCCUCACCUUGCGCACCGCCCUGGGCGUCGUCUUCUUCGACCUUGGGACAGACUCUCUCAACGCCCUGGCGCUGAUCCUCCCCCUGUCCCUCACCGCCCACUCGAUCAUCGGCGAGUCGCAGAUCAUCUUCAGCCUCGUCUUCGGCUACUGCCUCCAGAGCACCCGGUUCAAGGCGUCGGACAUCAUCGGCGCCGGCCAUCAGCUCGUCGCUGCCCGGAUCCAGGCGGCAGGUGAAAGGAGGACGAGGAAGCAGGAGUGA